AUGGAGAUGCAGAGUCGCCUAUUGGACUCCACCUUGAUCCACUUUGUCAGUGAUGUCAACCUGAUGGAUUUCCAGCAGAAGCAGCAGGUGGAUGAUAGCCCAUCCAGCGACACGUCCUGGAGCCCGGAGCACACGAUGUGCACGGACGAUCAUCUGGGGAGCGGCCAGGGAGGGAGAGGAGGACGACGACCCCGCAGGUCCAAGCGGAGGAGGAUCAUCACGGUGGUACAGCGACAGGCGGCGAAUGUGCGGGAGCGGAAGCGGAUGUUUAGUCUGAACGAGGCGUUCGACGCACUCAGGAAAAAAGUGCCAACUUUCGCCUACGAGAAGAGACUCUCCCGCAUCGAGACGCUGCGGCUGGCCAUCGUCUACAUCUCCUUCAUGAAGGAUCUGUUGGAGAACACAUGA